GGAGUGAGUGUCGGUGCCGGUCGGUCAGUCUCAGUCAGGCCAUGCAGACAUGUCUGUCUGUGCCUAGGUCCUCGUCCCUCUUCUCCUCUUCAGGCUCUGUUUUGGGCGUGUCUCGCAUAGAAUCUCUACGUUUCACGCGUGUCCUGCAGUGUGUGAGAGGGGUCUAUUCGGUUCAGGAGCGACAAAAAAUUGUUUGUGGUCCAUCGCCCGCGUGUGCUCACUAGAGCAAGAGAUAACAUGAGAUUAAAUCCAGAUCCAAACCAGCAUCUCCGCAACGGCAGUAGCUACGUUCGCAACUACCCGGACAAGAACUACAACAUUACCAAAACAACUGAGUUCAAAUCCUACAAGCAGCGAAAGUCCUUCGCAACGAGGAGAAGCGAAGUGGCCUCGAUCCGAGCCAAGUUCCCAUCCAAAAUCCCAGUCAUUGUGGAAAGGUACCAAAAGGAAACUACCCUGCCUUUGUUGGAUAAGACCAAGUUCCUCGUUCCACAAGAACUUUCCAUGUCACAAUUCGUGCAAAUCAUCAGGAACCGAAUGCAGCUGAGCAGCACACAAGCCUUUUAUCUCUUGGUCGGCAAUCGGUCCUUGGCGGCAAUGAGCAAGACCAUGCUGGAAAUCUACAAUGAGCUCAAAGACCCUGAUGGCUUCCUCUACGUCUCGUAUGCUUCCCAAGAGGUUUUUGGAUAACGCAUGAAGGGAUGCAAGAACCUACUGAACUCCACGAAGAAGCAUAUCUGGGAUCGUAUUCGCCGUCGCCAAAUGUGAUACAAAUGAGUUUGUGAUACUGCCUAGGAGAGAGGUACUUGUCUUGAACUUGGUCUCCGCCAUGUCAUGGCUUAUAAUACGUGGCCAGUGCCAUAACUUCUACUGGAUCUUGGAAUAAUAAAUUUUUUUGUCUCAGGGAUGAAAAUUUUUGGAAGAGCUUGUAAACCAGGAUGAUGAUAUUGGGCUAGGGUGGAGGGGGAGAUGUAUAAUGCAUUCUCUUUUCCUUCCCCUGUGAGUUUAUCUUGUCACUUCCUUGUCUUUGUGAUACAUAUCAGCCCUGGGACUAGAGAUGUUCAUCUCUGGGCUUAACAUGAACUUUCUUGUUACAUUAUCUUUUUUGCAAAUUUUAGCCCAGUCUUUUUCUUUUAACAGAACAAAAUUCAGAGCAGAGAUAUGUUGGCUAGUCGGGAAAUGUUUCAUGGUCAAAUGUGUUUUUAAACUUGACAGUGCUGUGCAUGUUUUUCCCUCAUAUUUGUAAUAUAGGUCAUCUCCUUCAUGCGAUUCUCUUCUUUUCCGAUCUCCUGUUUUGGUGAACCCGGAACUGUACAAUGGCUUUGCUCCUGUCACAUGUCUAUCUCAAGCCAUUAUUUCUCUUGCUUCAGCAGGUCUACCCCCAGGAAAUAUCUACAGUUGCACUUUCUCAGCAGAUAUGUACUUGGCCUCAGGCAUUCAAUGUGUGUUUUUGGCAUGGUAGGAAGAAACAACUGACUUUUUCUUUGCUCACUAAAGAAAAAACCACUAUGAAAUGGUCUUCCAAGGUUCUUGAGGGAUGUGCAAUAUUUCUUCCUGUUGUACACAACUUUAUAUCACGAGCAUUUCUCAGAAAUUUUUCUCCAAAUUAAAUGCAUUUCUUUUUUCAACAGA